GCCCACCCUGACCCCCGCCGGUGUGACAGGGUGAAGCCAGCGUCCGUCAGCGAGCGUCAGAGCGAUGGUGGCGCGUCGGCGUUAGCAUGUCUGACUCCUUCUGGACGGUGCUCUCCGAUUUCUCUCUGCCCAACAGAAGCAUGCUGCGGCGCUCCAAGAGCUGUCGGACGAGCAACAGGAAGAGCCUUAUUGUGACAUCCAGCACCUCCCCCACCCUGCCAGGACCACACUCCCCUCUGCAUGGACACACAGGUACCAGCCCACUGGACAGCCCUCGCAACUUCUCCCCGAACACAGCUGCACACUUCUCCUUUGUUCCUGCGCGCAGGACGGAUGGCAGACGCUGGUCUCUGGCCUCGUUGCCGUCCUCUGGAUAUGGCACCAACACGCCCAGCUCCACUUCCUCCUGUUCAUCUCAGGAGAAGCUGCACCAGCUGCCCUUCCAGCCCACGCCGGACGAGCUGCACUUCCUCACCAAGCACUUCAGCUCCGAGAGCAUCACGGACGAGGAGGGACGCCGCUCCCCCGCCAUGAGACCGCGCUCCCGCAGCCUCAGUCCUGGGUCUUCCCCGAGUUGCAUGGAGUCGCACGUGACUCAACUCUCCCCCCUCUUCCAUCUUCCCCCCCCCCCAGCGACGGCUAGAUGGAGAGAGCGCGGGAUGCUCAGCCCUCGGACCCCAGACAAGGUCUGCCCUUCUGGCGACGGGCGCUUCGUGCACCACCAGCUGACGGAGCUGUCCCGAGACUGCCGAGAAAGCCGCGGGGACCAGAUCACCUCGCGCUACUUCUACGAGCUCCAGGAGAACCUGGAGAAGCUGCUGCAAGACGCUCACGAGCGCUCGGAGAGCGUGGAGGUCACCUUCGUCACGCAACUCGUCAGGAAGCUGAUGAUCAUCAUCGCCCGGCCGGCGCGCCUGCUGGAGUGUCUGGAGUUUGACCCCGAGGAGUUCUACCAUUUGUUGGAGGCAGCAGAGGGCCAUGCCAAAGAGGGCCGGCUCAAGAGCGACAUCCCCCGAUACAUCAUCAGCCAGCUGGGCCUCACCAGGGACCCCCUGGAGGAAAUGGCCCAGCUGAGUAGCUAUGACAGCGGGAACCCAGAAACCCCAGAGACAGAUGACUCAGUUGAUGGUCGAAGCACCACGGUCCCAGCACCUCCUCCACAGCCUAAAACCAAAGCCCCUCGAGAGGAAGACUUUGAAAACAUCAAGCUGAUCAGUAACGGAGCCUACGGCGCUGUGUUUCUGGUGCGUCACAAGGAGACCCGGCAGCGUUUCGCCAUGAAGAAGAUCAACAAGCAGAACCUGAUCCUGAGGAACCAGAUCCAGCAGGCCUUCGUGGAGCGAGACAUCCUGACGUUCGCCGAGAACCCGUUUGUCGUCUCCAUGUUCUGCUCCUUCGAGACCAGGCGACACCUCUGCAUGGUGAUGGAGUACGUGGAGGGCGGAGACUGCGCCACGCUGCUGAAGAACAUCGGAGCCCUGCCGGUCGAUAUGGCUCAGAUGUACUUCGCAGAGACCGUCCUGGCGUUAGAAUACCUCCACAAUUAUGGCAUCGUACACAGAGACCUCAAACCAGACAAUCUUCUCAUCACUUCCAUGGGACACAUUAAGCUCACAGACUUCGGUCUCUCCAAGAUCGGUUUGAUGAGUUUGACCACGAACCUCUACGAGGGACACAUAGAGAAAGACACCAGAGAGUUCCUCGAUAAACAGGUGUGCGGCACUCCAGAGUACAUCGCCCCCGAGGUGAUCCUGCGUCAGGGCUACGGGAAGCCGGUGGACUGGUGGGCCAUGGGGGUCAUCCUGUACGAGUUCCUGGUGGGCUGCGCGCCCUUCUUCGGAGACACGCCAGAGGAGCUGUUUGGUCAGGUCAUCAGUGAUGAGAUCAUCUGGCCCGAGGAGGACGAAGCUCUGCCUCAGGAGGCUCAGGACCUCAUCACCAAGCUGCUGCGACAAAAUCCCCUGGAGAGACUGGGCACAGGAAGUGCCUUUGAGGUGAAGCAGCACCCGUUCUUCACAGAGCUGGACUGGAACAGCCUGCUGAGGCAAAAGGCCGAGUUCAUCCCCCAGCUGGAGUCUGAGGACGACACCAGCUACUUCGACACUCGCUCUGACCGGUACCACCAUCUGGAUUCAGAAGAAGAGGACGACACCAACGACGACGAACACGUGGAGAUUCGACAGUUCUCCUCCUGCUCGCCCCGUUUCAGCAAGGUGUACAGCAGCAUGGAGCGUCUUUCUCUGCACGAGGAGAAGAGGACUCCUCCUCCCACCAAACGCAGCCUCAGCGAGGAGGGAGGAGACCGCAUCGACAGCCUCAGCGGACUCAAGUCCAGGGAUCGGUCCUGGCUGGUGGGAUCCCCGGAGAUCCUGCGGAAGCGUCUGUCUGUCUCGGAGUCGUCCCACACGGAGAGCGACUCCAGCCCGCCGCUGACCGUCCGGAGACGCUGCUGUUCAGCCAUCAUCGAGAUGCCCCGCUUCGCCAUCUCCUCGGAGGAGGAGGGGGGCCAAGGUGCGGCUGUGAGUCGUAAGAGUCCCAGUCUGCUGGGUCUGAGCGCGGUGAGGGGUCCGCUCGCCAUCCCGGAGCUCCCGGUGGAGAGAGAGCUGACGCUGGACGAGUCCCCCACCACGCCCAGCUCCACCUGCAGUCAGCUGAGCAGAGCCACGCUCACACCGGGCAGUUCAGGCAGCAACGGCACCGCUGCUAAACCCGACAGCGAUCCUCCCUCCACGCCGAGGGCCAUCAGCGACCUGGCGGCUCGCAGGGCGCGCCACCGCCUGCUUUCCGGAGACGCAGACAAGCACACGGCGAGCUCCGGCUCCAGGCCCCUCAACAAGGUCAUCAAGUCGGCGUCCGCCACCACGCUGUCGCUGAUGAUCCCCGCAGACCACCACGGAGCCUCGCCAUUGGCCAGCCCGAUGUCCCCCCACUCGCUGUCGUCCAACCCGUCGUCGCGGGACUCGUCCCCGAGCCGAGACCUGUCCCCGGCCGUCAACAACGCCAAGCCCGCCAUCGUGAUCCACAGGGCGGGCAAGAAGUACGGCUUCACCCUGAGGGCCAUCCGGGUCUACAUGGGGGACUCGGACAUCUACACAGUCCACCACAUGGUCUGGCAUGUGGAAGACGGCGGUCCGGCCCACGACGCGGGUCUGAGGGAGGGGGACCUGAUCACCCAGGUCAACGGCGAGCCGGUCCACGGUCUGGUUCACACCGAGGUGGUGGAGCUCAUCCUGAAGAGCGGCGGCAAGGUGUCCAUCUGUGCCGUCCCCUUUGAGAACACGUCCAUCAAGGUCGGCCCCGCCAGAAAGACCACCCACAAAUCCAAGAUGGCGAGACGCAACAAGAAGACCAAGACCAAGGAGGGACAGGACAGUAAGAAGAGGACGUCUCUGUUCAGGAAGAUCACCAAGCAGGCGUCUCUCCUCCACACCAGCCGCAGUCUGUCCUCCCUGAACCGGUCCCUGUCCUCUGGGGAGAGCGGCCCCGGAUCGCCCACACACAACAUGUCCCCGCGGAGCCCGACGCAGGGCUACCGGUCCACGCCAGACUCCGCCCACUCAGUUGGCGGAAACUCCUCCCAGAGCAGCUCCCCCAGCUCCAGCGUCCCGAACUCGCCGGCGAGCUCCGGCCACAUCCGGCCCAGCUCCCUGCACGGCCUCGCCCCCAAGCUGCAGCGCCAGUACCGCUCGCCCCGACGCAAGUCCGCCGGCAACAUCCCGCUCUCCCCUCUGGCCCGCACGCCUUCCCCCACCCCUCAGAGCAGCUCCCCGCAGCGCUCCCCGUCCCCCCUGUCCCACGCCCUGGGACGGUCUGCGGCGGGACAGUCCUUCCCCGUGAAGCUGCACUCGUCCCCGCCCCUGGUCCGGCAGAUAUCCAGGCCCAAGAGUGCGGAGCCCCCGCGCUCUCCGCUCCUCAAGAGGGUGCAGUCGGCCGAGAAGCUGGCGUCGUCCCUCACCAACCCCCCCUCGUCGCCCUCUGGGGGGGCGGCGGCGGCGGCGGCGGCAACGGCGGGGGGGGCGGCUGUCGGGAGCCGUAAACACAGUCUGGACAUCUCGCAUUCAGAGUUCAAGAAGGAGAUCCUGCAGAGAGAGCCGAGCCUACAGAGCCUUCAGGAGUCCUCCAGCGAGGUUCUGCUGUCUUCGGCCGGGUGCGGCGUGGAGAAGGGCAGCCUGCAGAAGCACUCCUCCUCAAACCGGAAGCUGGGGCGUCAGGAAGGGGACGGGGCCCUCGGCUCGGCGCCCGGGUCUCUGGGUCUGGCCCCCGGGAAGAGCAAGCUGAAGGACAAGCUGUCGGCCAUCCGGCAGGACCGGGCCGAGCGGAGGGAGUCGCUGCAGAAGCAGGACGCCAUCCACGAGGUGGACUCGUCCGAGGACGAGACCGACGAGGGCUCCGAGGACAGCCAGGACGGACGCAAGGCGGCCACCUUCACCCCUCCCCCCCUGCUGAGGCCCACCACUGUGAGAACGGGGCCCGGAGGCACGCUGCCGUCCCUCUGCCUCUCCCCCUGCACGACUCACGCCACCUUUACCCACACGGGGCCCUCCCAGGGGGGCCGGCCGACCCCCUCGCACCCCCUCUCCUCGGUCACGGAGACGAAGGCCGGGCAGAGCGUCUCCACGCUGGGGGUGAGAGACACGAGGUCUGCGGCAUCCACAGAAGACAGUGCCAGACAAGAGAGGAAGGUUCUGGGCCCAAGUGGUGCCACAAAACCCACUCGGGGCCCCCUUCUCUUCCCCACCCCAGGCAGUGCGUUCAUCUCAGUCGGCAAGGACACUUUCCUAAAGCCAGAUCCUCCAGGAGACUCAAAGAGUCUCAGGGGGAAGGCUGCACCAUCGGAGCCCAGGGCGGAGGACCAAACCCUGGACCGCCCUAGAGCCACAGUCCCCUCUUCCAAGAUCACCACAAAUACUACCGACUGCCUGACCUCCACCAGUACUACAGACUGCCGGACCUCCACCAGUACUACAGACUGCCGGACCUCCACCAGUACUACAGACUGCCGGACCGCUGAGAGCCAAGAGACACCCAGCGCCUCCUGCUCCUCUCCUAGUGUCCCCAAGGAGAAGAAGGAGGCUGACAACAGGAGACUGUGCGCCGUGGCCGCUGCGAGUCUAAAUGCGUCUCCAUCGUCCACUCCUGGUUCUGGCUUUAGUCUCAGCUCCCCAGUCCCAGCCCCUGAGAGCGCCGUGGACAGAGUCGUGUCCCAGCUCACGACGGUAGCUAAGAGCGUUCUGGGUCCCGUCAAACUGAGCGCCGCUGCAGAGAGGAGCCAAAAGGACCAGAAACCAUCCAGAGACGGCACACCAGAAGUCCCACCCAGCGCCCCUCUCUCGUUUCUCUCUAAACAGCUCCACACUCCUCCGUCACCAAACCUUUUGGAGCACCAAAACAGACAGAAAACCGAUCAAGUCGCCCCCCCGAUCACCUCAGCCAAACCCUCGACCCAGAAAGACUUUACCGACCUGCGGCCAUCACCCUGCACCGACCUCCCAGAAAGACCCGCACCAGGGUCUGCAGGCAGGGACAAUGCUGCCCUGCCUGCAUGUGCGCAGCUGGUGGGUGCAGCCGCCCCCCUCAACACAGACCCCAUCGCCUCUGCAGCAUCUGAGCCCCAGCGCAAGAGGCCCAAACCCCAGGCUCCAACCGCCUCCAACGCUGUGACCGCGUCCUCGCAACCAGACAAAGCCACGAGCAAGAAGACGUAGCAGCGAAAACCCGAAUGUGUGAAAUCGCGGUACUCGGCGCUGCCUUCGCUGAGGCUUUUAGGAACUCACUCAAUCUGCAUGUUUGGAAGAAAACACACUAGUAACGUUGCACUUAUCUGAGAGACUUUGACUUUCAAAGCAAAAGACAAAGGUGUAGAGAGACAACGAGACAGAUGUGGUAGUCCUAGUUCCAUUCCAGCUGUUCUGUGCUCCUAAUGUCCAUGUGAGUUAUUUCGGUGUCCUGACUCUUUGGUUCCUGCCUUCAGGCUCAAUGCCUCCAGUUUUUUUGUUGUUGCUUUCUCUCUUUUCAAACAUGCACGAGGCUAGAAAUAAAGAGCUCAGUGGUCCGUGCACGUACAAUAUAAAUGUAGACACAUCACACACACACCUUUUCUCGCUCGCUAUCUUCUGGUGCCAGCCUCAUUACUUUUCACCUUGAUGUUGGCAGAGUCAACGCAGCGCGUGUUCCUCCGACAGAUCAGGACGUGCCUAACUGCACACACACUCCCCCCCCCCCCCCCCCCCCCCCCCCCCCUUCACGUCCUCGCCCCGGCCAGCCACGUCUGGAAGAAGAUUGAUGAGCGUUAAAAUGCGUUAGAGUUUUAAUGGGGCCGAAAUCUGCACCGUCAAAGUGCGCUGAGCACCCGGCUAAUUAGGCCAAAUGAAAUCCUCCUCUGGCUGUAGUCCCUGGUGAUCCCACGCCGCAGGCCUGCAGCGGAGGAGGGGUGUUCCCGGGACUGGUUCAGCAGUUUGAAGAGGUUCCUGGGGAUAGUCGUGCUGACAUAGAUUUGUGUUUGUGCCAAUUUAUCGAGUCUUACUGAAGCUACAGUUUGAACCAGAAACUCGACUUUCCUCCCUCCCACCUGGCUGAAUAUUAAAGAAGCCUCGUGGUCUUGAUUGUACUGCAGCACCAGAUUGUUUUCCUAGAUUUUUGAAUGCAUUUUUGGAUAUGUUCAAGCAUCCAUUUUCUCCAAACUAGCUCAGAUCUUACUCUAGCUCAUCCUUGACAAUGAAUAUCUGGAACUAUUCCUCUAAAGUUAGUUUACUGGUUUGAGGCAAACUUAGAAAGUAGAACCUGCAGUCGAACAUGUUGGGUUUUAAUCUUUUGGACCCUGUUCCAGGUUGUGAAACAGCCAGAUGUGCCGAGCUCUGACCCUGAAGAAACUCCUAUUGAGUGUUUAUUUCUACUCUACUCUGCUUUAUUAGCAAAGAGCAUUGCUAACCGCCUCUUCCAUACACUGCUGGUUGCAUAUCAUACCGCUGUAGCUAUUAAAUGCCCAAAAUCCUAUCCGAACCCAACCGUUAGACGUUGUUUUCUUCUCUUCAUCAGAUGUGUGUUUUCAGCUCUGACUGAUUAUUUUAGAAACACUGUUCUGUUGGACCACCGUCUUUUUAU